AUGGGUGUGGCCGAGCUGGGAGAGAAUGUUGCUCUUACUUUUCACACUCUUACAGAGCCGCAACGUUCUGCCGCCCUGCUUGCGGUCCAACUAUCUGUACACCGCCGAAUGGACGAAAUCAUAAGGAGAGGAAUCAAUCCACAUCCACAGGUUUCCGCUGUCACUGCGGUUCUUAGCCAUGAAGAACAAAUCCGCACCUUUGAAUACCAAAAGCCAGCCAAGGACUUCAUCCGAAUGACCGCGCGUCAAUGCAUGACCGCAGAGAACAUUGAGACUUAUGCUCAAGACAACCAUGAAAACUUGCUCUUCCGCUUGGUCAUGGCCGAAAUAGCCCUCCUCCCCCCCGCCUUCCAACGUGCACAUCUCCCACCCCAAUUCAUUGGAGGUGACCAAUCAGCCCUGAAUAGUGUUCACGCUGAGGUGAAGAACCAACUCAAACAAGUUCGACACAAGGUGCGCAACGUCUUGCUCACCGGCAUUCUCACAGGUGAUGCCCCUGCGCCCAUUAAGGUCCCCAACAUCCAAGAGCUGUCCAGGCUUGUCUGGAAGCAUCUGAUGACCACUGGGAGGUCCAAUCCUCUCUCGGAAUCGGAAAUCGACACCCGAAUCAAUGUCUUUUUGAAGGUCCGGAUUGCCUACCUCCGGUUAGCCACCCUAGUCAACUACCUCGAUCCCGAUUGCCGAAACAUAUCGCAGUGGGACCAGAUAGAUGCCCAACUUGUUGCCAGCCGAGCCCACCCAAUCAACUAUACUAACCAUUGGAACCGACUGAUCACAUCCAAGGACAAGGCAUUGUUUGGUGCCAAACCCAUGUAUGCUGACAUCGAUCAGGACCUAAUCAGCAGUCCUAGCGAUGAGGAAGUCCAUGCACGUAUGGCCACUGGCCAACGGCUAUGAAACCUUGUUCGACCCUGUUUCUUGACCUGCUAUCUCUUGAUUCUCUCUUUCUCCUCUUCUACAUAAUGUCUUAGCCCCGCUUGUCUCCUGUGGCCAACGACUAUGAAACCUCUAUCCACCUCAUGUUGUCUGAUUACCUAUUAGAUUAUCUGCUCCGCUCCUCUACAUCUUGUGUUAGCCACUAUCU